ACGACGCAAGAACCAGAAUCCUAUUCAUGCGCGCGCAUCCAAUCGCGACAAGAAAUUUCCCAGAAAUUGUCGCUAUGAACCAGACUUCUUGUGCCUUGGCUAUAAAGCCCAAGCUUAAUAGUUAAGAUUUUUCUGAGUGGAAAUUUAAGCGGCGUUUAUUAGUUUCUCGCUGGCGCUCUCACUCGCACACUCAAAUUGUGCGCGCAUGUUUCUUCAAUGAACACGACGAAGCUGCUGUCUCUCUUGAGAACAUGCGUUAGUUCUAAGUCACUCAAGCAAGGCAAGCAUAUACACCAGAGAAUUGUCACUCUAGGCUUGCAAAACAACGUUGUCUUGUGCAAGAACGUUAUAGACCUCUAUGUCUCUGGCCAAUACUAUCAACAUGCGAAGCUUGUUUUAAAAUCCAUGGAGAACCCAUUAGAUCUCGCUCUUUGGAAUGGCCUCAUAGCAGCUUGCAGCAAGAAUCAUAUGUUCAUUGAUGCGCUCGAGGUAUAUGAAAUAUUGUUGCAGCACCCUUAUUUGAAACCUGAUUUUUACACCUACCCUAGCGUUCUAAAGGCGUAUGGGGAGUUGGGUAAUGUUGUAUGUGGAAAAAAGAUCCAUAAUUAUUUGAUAAAAAGUGGUUUGAUUUCGAAUGUCGUCGUUGCAAGCUCCCUCGUGAGGCUGUAUGCAAAGUGCAAUGUGUUUGAUUCAGCGACGAAAUUGUUCGAUGAAAUGCCUGAAAGAGAUGUGGCAUCUUGGAAUAAUGUAAUUUCUUGUUAUUAUCAGGCGGGGCACGCAGAGAAAGCCUUGGAAUAUUUUAGGAAGAUGAGGGAUUCUGGAAUUGAGCCUAAUUCAGUGACCCUAACAACUGCUAUAUCAUCAUGUGCCAGGCUUUUAGAAGUGGAAAGAGGGAUGGAAAUACAUAUGGAAAUGCUGAAAGACGGGCGUUUGUUGGAUGGGUAUGUUAGAUCAGCUCUCGUUGACAUGUAUGGCAAAUGUGGUUUUUUAGAAAUUGCUAAACAGGUUUUUGAGCAAAUCCCAGCAAAGAAUGUGGUCACUUGGAAUUCCAUGAUAGCAGGAUACAGUUUAAAGGGUGAAAGUAAGACAUGCUUUGAACUUUUUAACCGGAUGCAGGAAGAAGGGAUCAAGCCCACUUUGACUACUUUAAACAGCCUGCUGGUGGCUUGCUCAAGGUCAGCCCAACAUCAACAUGGGAAAUUAGUACAUGGAUACAUAAUAAGAAACCAUAUAGCAGCUGAUAUCUAUAUUUACAGUUUGCUCAUCGAAUUAUACUUCAAAUGUGGAACCAUCCAAUCAGCUGAGAAUGUCUUUGAAAUGAUGCCCAAGUCAGAUGCAAUCGCUUCAAAUGUUAUGAUCAAUGGAUAUGUGACCGUGGGAAACUAUUUUGCUGCUCUCAGCAUUUUUGAGGCCAUGAAAGAAGCUGGUGUAAAACCAGAUGCCAUAACAUUCACUAGUAUUUUACCAGCAUGUUCACAACUUGCAGCCCUAGAAAUGGGUAAGGAGAUCCACGAUGACAUUGUUGAGAGUAAGUAUGAAAAGAAUGAAAUUGUCAUGGGGGCUGUACUUGAUAUGUAUGCUAAAUGUGGUGCUGUAGAUGAAGCAGUUAAUGUUUUUAAUCAACUACCAGAGAAAGAUCAUGUGUCAUGGACUUCCAUGAUCACUGCAUACGCGUCUCAUGGCCAAGCUUCAGAAGCUUUGAAGCUUUUUGGUGAGAUGCAAGAGUCAAAUGUGAAACCAGACCAAGUUACGUUCCUUGCAGUUCUAUCUGCUUGUAGCCAUGGUGGAAUGGUCGAUGAAGGUUGUUACUAUUUUAAUCAAAUGGUCAAUGACUAUGGCAUCAGCUGCGAAGUAGAACACUACUCGUGCUUAAUCGAUGUUCUUGGGCGUGCUGGAAGAUUAUCUGAAGCAUAUGAGAUUCUCAAAAAAACACCAGAAAUUACAGAAGAUGUUGAUUUGCUAAGCACAUUAUUGUCUGCAUGCUCUUUGCAUGGGAAUCUAGAACUAGGGGAAGAAAUUGGAAAGUUGCUUAUCGGAAAGGAUCCUGAUGAAAUAUCAACUUAUGUUGUUUUGUCAAAUAUGUAUGCUUCUGCCAAAAAAUGGGAUAAGGUGCGCAAAGUAAGGAUAAAGAUGCGAGAGUUAGGAUUGAAGAAGAAUCCUGGGUGUAGCUGGAUCGAGAUUGACAAGAAGAUCCAACCUUUCUUUGUCGAAGAUAAAUUGAACCAACAAUCCGAAAUGGUGUAUGAAUGUCUUGCAGUUCUCUCCAGUCACAUGGAGACAGAUGACUUGCUCCCACCCCAACAAAUACUGUAGGAUGUGAAGCAUCCACACAGUAAUCCACUGGGAAGGUAUUUUCUCUGAGAGGCCUAUGGCCUUGGGGUUGAAUAGCAUCUCGUCCUCUAGGCAAGAAUUUGAUGGAGAUAAUUGUUGCGAAUUAUACCAAUUAUUAGAGAAGCAUCUUCUUGGUGUCGAAUAGGAAAAAGGAUUCGUCAAAUGGCAUCUUAUCCUCUAGAAAAACUGGAUGCAGGAAAUGGUUGCGAUUUUGAUGCGGAGGGAAUAGAGAAACUUUUCUUUAUAUCUUUAGAUGAGUUGCAUGACGGAGAUUUUUGUUUGUGAUGGAGGGGUAUGUAGCUCAAAUUUGAUUUCAGUAGGAAAUUUCAUGAUGGACAAACUGGUGAAUGAGAAUUAGCCUCAAUAACUCAGAUACAAAAGACUGAGAUUGACGAAUCAUACGUGUUACCAGUUCUUCUACGGUUUGAUGGCCAGGCAGAAAUUGAUGAAGAGCUUCUGAGUGCUGGUGAUAUGGCCCAAAUAACAGUUAUCGGAGAGGAUCGCAUUGUAUAUAGCAGCAACAGGGACAUUUUUGAGCAAAACCUUGAUGCCCGAGAUUUCGAGAGAUCGAGAAUUCUGAUUGAGAAGUGUUUGUAGUUUUUUGACGAUCUUCUCUGGGAACUUCAUGGUGCGGGACUGACAGCUGAUUACGAACCUUUUGGCUCGGUAAAAUUCACAGUAAUCAGGGUGAAGAAUCUGCAAUUCUAAUCUUGAUUGUCAGUGAUACUUGGUUUUUUUGCAGUCUAUAUUGUUCAUUUAAAUCAUUUUUGCAUAGAAAAAGUCAAGUAUUGAGCUUGAUGUUUAUGCUCCGGAUAUUUGCAAUGCAGACAGUGGUAAUAAAUGUUGCGAAUUAUACCAUCUUCUUGGAGUUGAAUAGGAAAAGGAAUCCUCAAAUGGCAUCUCAUCCUCUAGAAGAACUGGAUGCAGUUGCGCAAUGGUAGAAGGAUCAAGAGGCUGCAGGUGCAUUAUACCAUUCUUUAGAGGUACACUGGAAGGUGUUAAAAGAUUAUAGAAAGCUUGGACACCAGGAGCAUCUGCCGAGUAGUAGAACCAAGACACAUGAGAUGUAUGUGUUGUCAGCGUGGUGCGGGUUUUUAUGGUAGAAUUAGUUGGAGCUUGAGAGGUGGUGGU